AAUAAAUUGAAACCAAAUGCAAUCCCAAAUACCCAUAAAAAGGUUAAAAAAAAAAAAAAAAACCUAGACAGCAAAGCUUCAUAUCUUUCCCUCUCUCAUAGUCAGUUUUCUCUUCAUCCCUUUCAUGCUCUUCGCCUUUCCCAACAGGGAAUAAGAAAGACAAGGAUGGAGAAAAAUGAAGUGGCUAUUUCCUGGUUUUGAAGAAGGAGGUAAAUUUUGAUUGCAUGGCCUGAUUUUUGUGAAUAUAGGAACUUGGUUUGUGCGUCAUCGAGUUAAGGAUAGUGAAAACUGAAGUGGGUUUUUGUUUUUAAAUCAAAAGGAAAAAACUUUGGUUGAAAGGCUUGAUUUUUGUUUGUAAUGGAAGGAGGGUUGGGUGGAAACUCUGUUCCUCUAAAUUCAUUUGAUAAGUCUAAAGUUUUGGAUGUAAAACCACUACGUACCUUAGUUCCUCUAUUCCCAGACGCGUCUGAGGGUUCUCCUUUUGUUUGUGUACCUCCUAAUGGCCCUUUCCCAACUGGGUUUUCGCCAUUUUUUCCAUUUAGUGGACCACAAGGAUCUCAAUCUACUCCUGACCUUAACCAAAAUGACUUCAAUGCAACUGCUGUGCCCAUUCGGUCAUUUAGAGCAGAACCACCGGCUUCUAAUGGCCAAAAUAUGUCACCAAUGGAUACAUUUGGCAGUCAUAAGCACAAAUCGGCUGGGUCAAGUUCUGUUAAAAGGAAGGCGAAGAGGCACAAAGAUUUGGAGUUUGCAAUAACUGCCCUUAGUGAUUUCAAUCCUGGGAUUAGUUUUUCUGAACGAGAUGAUGGUAACAGGGACUUGGUUGAAAAUGUGCUUUUGAGGUUUGAUGCACUUAGGAGAAGGCUUAGCCAAAUGGAGGAUGCGAAGGAAUCACAUUCUGGGAUUAUUAAGCGUGCAGAUUUGAAAGCUGGCAACAUAAUGAUGAGCAAAGGGGUGCGGACUAACAUGAAAAAGAGAAUUGGGGUUGUCCCUGGUGUUGAAAUUGGAGACAUUUUCUUCUUUCGAAUGGAGUUGUGUGUGGUGGGGUUGCAUUCUCAGUCCAUGGCUGGAAUUGACUACAUGGUUGUCAAGGGUGAUUCAGAGGGAGAGCCAGUUGCUUUAAGCAUUGUGUCUUCUGGAGGGUAUGAUGAUGAUGCAGAAGAUCCUGAUGUUUUGGUAUAUAGUGGUCAAGGUGGGAAUGCCAAUAAAGAUAAAGAAGCAUCUGAUCAGAAGCUUGAGAGGGGUAAUCUUGCUUUAGAAAGGAGCUUGCACCGAGCCAAUGAAGUAAGAGUCAUUCGUGGUCUGAAGGAUGCUGUCCAUCAAACGUCUAAGGUCUAUGUGUAUGAUGGGCUUUUCAAACUCCAGGAGUCAUGGAUGGAGAAGGGGAAAUCAGGUUGCAAUAUGUUCAAAUAUAAAUUGGUGAGGGUCCCUGGGCAGACAAGUGCUUUUUCCAUUUGGAAAUCCAUUCAGAAGUGGAAAGAAGGUUUGUCUUCAAGGGUUGGACUUAUUCUUCCUGACCUCACUUCAGGUGCAGAAAGCACACCUGUUUCACUUGUAAAUGAGGUUGAUGAUGAAAAAGGGCCCGCUCACUUCACAUAUAACCCUACUGUCAAGUAUUCGAAAUCAUUCAAAUUAGUCCAACCUUCAUUUGGCUGCAAAUGCCGUGAUGCAUGCCAAGCAGGAAAUUCUAACUGCUCCUGCAAUCAAAAAAAUGGAGGUGAUUUCCCUUACACUGCCAAUGGGAUUUUAGUCUGUCGUAAACCCUUGAUAUAUGAAUGUGGUCCCUCGUGCCUAUGCUUUCGUAACUGCAAAAACAAAGUUUCACAGACUGGUUUUAAAGUUCACUUAGAAGUUUUUAAGACAAGAGAUAGGGGUUGGGGUCUCCGGUCAUGGGAUCCUAUUCGUGCAGGUACAUUUAUUUGUGAAUAUGCCGGUGAAGUUAUUGACGAAAUUAAGGCAAGGCAGGAUAGGGGAGAUGGUGAAAAAAACGAUUAUGUUUUUCGUACAAACCGUCUUUAUGAAUCCUUCAAGUGGAAUUAUGAAACUGGGUUAGUAGGAGAGGAAAGUUCUGAUCCGACUGAAGAUUUUGAUAUUCCAUCUCCCCUAAUCAUAAGUGCAAAGAACAGUGGAAAUGUAGCUCGAUUUAUGAAUCAUAGUUGCUCUCCAAAUGUUUUCUGGCAGCCAAUCAUGUAUGAACAUAACAAUGAAGCUUUUCUCCAUAUUGCUUUCUUUGCAAAGAGACACAUUCCUCCUAUGACAGAGUUGACAUAUGAUUAUGGUACUCCACACCCAGAUGAGACUCAAAGUAAGGCAGCACAUGAAAAAAAUAAAUGCUUAUGUGGAUCACCAAAAUGCCGAGGUUUUUUUAUUGAGGUGUAGGUUGCAUACCUGUAUCCUUUAGACAAGCUAAAUUUUUGGUUUUUUGAAAGAGGUCUGGGAUCUUACUGAUCUUUCCCAGAUCAUGUAGCUCAAUUUGCAUUUCUAAUGUUUAUAGCUUGUAAUAGGGAUGCAAAUGUUUAUAGCUUGUAUUAGGGAUGCAGAUUGUACUUAUGCUGUUGCUGCCGUAACAUGCAGAAGAACUGACAAUGUAUGGAAACAAUGUGUGCUGAUGUCUUUUGUAGUCUACAUUGCAGGAAGUCAAUUUAUGGUUCAGUUACUUCAGAUUUGCCAAAA